AUGUUACGGUCUCUCAUGGCUCUCGUUGCCAAUUCCAGACGAGUACCAGGGAUGGACCCCGCCUUGUCUCUUGUGCAGGCCCUGACGGAUGAAGAAAUACAGCAGUACCAAGCUAAUGCUACGACCCCGGGUGCUUCGAGCAUCAUUGAAUUUGUUACAAUAAUCGAUGAAAGCAAAUCCAAGACGACCAUGAGAUGCAUGGGGUCUCGAUUAUGCACAUUCUUGGAUAAGACGCAGCAGUUCGUUGGCGUCGCCGAUACUUUUGUCAGCUCUAAUCCUACAAUCGUCACUCUGGUGUGGGGGAGUGUAAAGAUGGCCAUCUUAACGGCGAACAAAGUGGCUUCUUAUUUCGAAAGAGUCACUGGCCUGAUUAUGUCGAUUGGCAAGCUUUGUCCAAGUUAUGAAAAGUUCGGUGGUCUCUGCCCGGGAUGCAUAGAGCUCCAAAAUGAGCUGUGCGACUUAUAUGCGAUUAUUAUUCGCAUUCCUUUCGAUAGCGACUUUAGGUCUUUUCUUGAGCUUUUGGAAAAAUCAGAGCAAAAUGUCGCCCGCCAGAUACAACUUGCUUCACAAAAAGCCAAUCAGGACGCAAUCGAAUUGCAGAAGUUUGAUAGCAAAAAGAACGCGCGAUUCUGUCUCGACUUCUACAGGGCGAACAAGAAACACUAUGACGAAGCGAAUGAGUGGCGUAUUGCUAAGUUGGAAAGAGAUUCCGUGAGAUUGCGGUCCCGCAUUCGGAAGAAUCUCUCUUCAACCGAUCACUUAACACCAUGGAAACAGGCGAUUCAAGAGCGAGCUCCAGAAUCUGGCAAGGUUAUCUGUCUCAUUAUCGAUGGGCUAGACGAGUGUGACGAGAAAGAAUGCGAUCAAGUUACCCUGAGUCUCACGCGCCUUCGCCAAUGCGACACUUGCACCAUGAAAAUCUUCAUCGCAAGCCGGCCCGAUAUCGAAGAACGGCUUUUUAGUGCGGGAAACCCACGAUAUAAGAUCUCGGUAACUGAAGAAAUGGUCAAACCCGACAUGAAAAUCUACAUCGAAGCAAUGCUGAGUCGCAUGUUGGAACAAGGGAAGCUGAAGCUGAGAGAUGAGAGGCUCAUAGCCACAAUAUCACAAGCUUUACGGGAUGGAGCGGAUGGAAUGAUUCUGUGGACCCGUCUCUUUAUUGAAGAGCUCUGCGCACACGGAAGUGAUAAUAAGAUUUCCGAAGCCUUAACUCAACUGCCUCGGAGUCUCGCUGAGCUUUAUGAUUAG